UUUCCUGAAAUAAAAGGAGUAUUAUUUAAAACAACAAAAAAGUGACUGAUAUUUAGAAGAUUAAAAAAAUAAUUCUAUCCUUUUACUACGUACGAAAUAUUUUUACUGUCCGUCUCUGUUCUCUCAGCAGCUUACAAAAACUAGUAAAAAUCGUUCUUUUUGGUACAGUAGUCAAGUGUUCCUUUCCAGUUUCCACAACUCCAAUUCUGAAACAAUGAAGAUCGUCAAAUUCCGGCGACAUUCAGCUCGGAUUCCACUUCCGUUACUUAUUUCUCUCUCUUUUCUGCUGACGGCGUCGUUCGCUUUCCAAUCCGACGAGCUCCUCGUCGACGACGAAGAAUUCGGUCUCGAAGGCGGUUCCGCCCCGCGAUCGACCCUUGAUGUGCCUUCCUCUGUUCCCAGUCCACCAUCUCAACCGACCAAGAAGAGGUCCUCGGAAGCGGGUUCUGGAUCCGAAUCCGACUCCAAAAUCCAGUUUUCCCUCGAACACGCCUUCGGAGAUUCCGAUUUCUCUCCCGCCGGCACCUUUACUGCCCGGCUUAAGAAUUCGCCCCACAGCGGUCAGACUCUGGCAAAGCUCCGUUUUUCAAGACUUGACUUUACUGAGGCUGAAAAGGAGAACUUUAAAAAACUACUGGAAGAUGAUGACUUCUACAAGAUUAGAAUUGCAACCAAUCUGUUGACUCCUCCCGGCAGAGAUCAUGUUGUUUCAUCCGUAAAAGCGAGAUGUCUACCACGAAACGGUCUGGAUGAGCAUAUUGUCAUUCACAUGGAUGGCGUCAAUGUUUUGGCAGUUAAUUAUGGUUCUCAAGGAGCAUGUCAGUAUCCUCGCAGCUUGAAAUUUCCCAAGAGGUGGUCAUUUAACUCGCGCACUUUCUUAAAGAACAGCGAGCUGGCUCCAAGGACUCCAGUAUUUUCAGAAGAUAUUGGCGGUGGUGAGAAUGCAGAAGGUGAAGCGAUGGCACCUCCUGAGAGGACUUUCUGGCAAAAAUAUUGGAUGUACUUGAUUCCUCUAGGACUCGUAGUCAUGAAUGCUAUAACUCAAGCAAUGAACAUGGCCGAGGAGCAACAGGGUGGCGGUCAAGCAGGCUCUCAAGUGCAGCCACGUGGCCAACCAGCUGCAGUGCGGAGAAGAUGAUUGGCAAAUCAUUUUUCCUUUUUGGGGGAUGGUGUUAUUGAGUUCAACUGCUUUUCUCAUAAUUAGGUAGAGUAGGUAGAGAAACGAUGCAAUUUUUGUAAUUUCUUUGGAGUUGGAUUGUUGUUAACUUUCAGCCUAAGAUUAUGAAAGCUAUCAGGGAAGUUAAGAUAAUGUUUGUACCUCCAAACUCCUAUCUCUUCAUUACGAACAGAACACACAUCGGGGCUUGUAACUUGGUCUUCUCUCCAGAGUCCACUGCAGCAUACUAAUACGUUUAUUUUUCCCAACCUAUAUGGAUAAAUGUCACUCAAAUUUUUUUUUUAGAAAUAAAAAUAAAUUUAUUAAUUUGCUAG